AUGUUGUGGUUGCUGUUGUUGCUGCUGAUUGUUGUUGCUGCUGCUGCUGGCGCUGUGGUCGGCGAGGAAGAAAAGGAGAGAGCUUGCAAUGUUGGCGGCGAGGGCUGCAGAGGAAACAGGCUGGGUCUUUUGAAUGGACGCGGAUGCAAUAUAAACAAGCAAGAUGUUGAGGUCUCCAAAGGAAGGCAGCCAGCCAACUGGUCAGAUUUUCCCAAUCUGUUCCUAUUCGCCAUCGGCCCAGAGGACAUCCCGAUCGAAUACAAACAAGCAUGGCUUUCUGAUGAGGUGGAUCGACGAGAGCGCAUGCAAGACCCCGUGGAUCAUACGCAGGCAACGCGCGCCAUCAAGUGCCAGGUCAUCGAGGACUGCGGUCGCAUCUUGGGACGAUUUAUCAAACCCUCGCCAGGAGACGGAACCGUCUAUGCCCGCCUCGAACGGUGCAGUCAAAAACGGUGCAGUCCUACGGCAUCCUGGGUCUGGGCCCUGGUGUGGAGGGCAGAGGAACACGCCGGAUCACGCAUUGACCUAUAA